AUGGCACGUUCGCGAAUCUAUGACAACAAAUUCUACUACCUGAAUAUAUACCAGGUAGAAGAAAAUCCCAUACCUGAGCUAGGGGCAGCAUCAAGGGCCGAAGACAAUGGUGGCCAAGGAGAUCCAGGCCUCAUGGGUAAUAUGAACCCCGAGGGCAACAUGAACCCCGAGGGUCGCAUGAGUCCUGAUGGCGGCGUGAUUCACGAGGGCGGAGGUGGAAACCAAGAGCCUGUGCAGCAACAGCGGCCCUGGGAGGAGCCGGCCCAGGCGGCCAUGGAGGAUCCGCAACCCGAGAACUGGGAGCCACCAAUCCGGCGCAAGAAGUUCACGCGGCUGCAGGUACAGGAGCUGGAAAGCAUUUUUGAAUUCACUCAAUACCCUGAUGUGUUCACAAGAAGGGAACUUGCCGAUGCCAUCGGAGUGCCUGAAGACAAAGUGCGGGUUUGGUUUAAGAAUAAAAGGGCCAGGUGUAGACGACAACAGAGGCAAUUAAUGCUCGCCAAUGAACCACCUCCUGAACCAUCUUCUGAUCCAGAUGACAGUUUCUACAUCGUCUUGGAUUAGCCCUAGAAUGCUAUCCUUCUUCAGGAGCUAGUUUGGAGACGGGUUUUUCUGGUGCCACUGACACCUGGGCUGCCCAUGCCACUCAUGCUGCCCUUAUCUCCUUUAAAGUUAUGUUAUAUCAAUAAAGAGGCAAAUUCUCAAUA